AUGUCGAAAGACGAGCAGAAACGUUUCGCGAGUGUUGUUGCGGAUUGCGUGAAAACAUCGACUGAACUACUAAAUGUGGCCAAGGAUUUCUGUAUUCACCUUCAAAAAGAAAAAGAACGUGAUGGAAUAUCGUUUUAUGAAGUGAAAAAUCGUGAUUUGCUUGCAUACACACGUGAUUUAGUUUAUUUGAUGUAUCAAAUGAGCAUUGGAAACAGUAUACAAGGCGAUCCAGCCAUUGAACGUUUGGUUUAUUUGAGAACGGUUUUGGAACGAAUGCGUCCUAUUGAAGACAGAAUGAAAAGUUAUGUUGAAAAAUUAAUCUCACUUACAUCUGAUACGGCAAGCAGUGGUACAAGAACAUUACGGCCACAUCCAGAAAGGCUAAAAGUGGACGAUGAAAGUGAAGAGUUGGAAUCGGAAGAUGAUAGUGAUGAAGAUAAUUCGAAGGAAAUGAAAUCUAAAAAAUAUGUCCCACCGAAACUUAUGGCCGUACAUUACAAUGAAGAUGAGGAAGAAGUAGAGGAACGAAAAAUGGAGCGAGCAAGGCGGCGAGCUCUGCAGAGUAGCUUAAUAAAAGAUCUGCAAGCACAGUAUAGCGAAGCUCCGGAAGAAUUCCAGGAUGACAAUAUAGUAAGAAGGAAAAAGCAAAAAGAUAUUGAGAAGCAAAAGCAAGUUUAUAUCUGUUUGCUACUUGUUUAAUAUGAAGAGGAUUAUCUUAUUCGUUUGCAAAUGACGAAGAAGGAGAAGCAUAAUAAAAGGAUUCAAGAUCGGCAGAAUAUUCUAGAUGAGUUACUUCACUUUGGUAAUUAUAUGGCAGUGAAAGAUACGAAAGAAGGCGGUAACAGUGGAGCAAAUGUUAGUGCUAGAGGAAAACGCAGGAAAGUCGGGAAUAGGAAAUUUGCCAAGAAAUUACAUCAUACUGGUGCAAAAGGAAAAAAGGAUUUAUAA